CACCGGUUAAACUCGGGUCAUCUCUUCUUCGCUCGUCAAAAGACCUCAGGACAUUACAACCAACUUCUCAAAGGCACAAGGGUGCGGUACGAGUCGUCAAGAUGGGAGGACCAGGCUCUGGCGGAUACAAGAACAAGCCAGGCGAUACCGAAACUCAUUCAGCAUGGGACAUCAUUCCUCAGGAUCCCUCGGGGACUCAGGUACACCUUGCUCUACCACCCUACGCAUUUGUUGCGCACCUUGCUGACUCCCAUGACAGAAGCUGGCCCAGGUACGAUGCAAGCACUGCGGCAGAGAGAUGGCUCAGCACACCUCGCGCCAGCGGGUGCACCUCCUACAAUGUCAACAAUACCUUGAAGCGAUGAAAGAGCAAGGAGUCGAAACAAGCAUCACGCGUCAAGCGGCGGACCCAGCGGCCUUCUUCAGAACCACCGAAUGGAGCCAGAAGACGACUGAGGCGAAAGCGCCGAAAGUCUUGAAGAUGCAGGAGCAUACCACUGCGGUGCGCAUUCAGGCUUUGGCACUUGCAGAAGCUAGUAUCUCCGCAGAGAGAAUCCAAGAGAUCACCGGCAUGGACCCCAAAGUACUGGCUGGUCUCAGACGACUUGCGCGCGAGCGUGGCUAUGAUCCUUCAGUUUCUAUGCAACUCAAGGAAGAAUACGUCUUGGAUCCACCAAACAAUAGUCGCCCGCGCGGUCGACCAAAGAAGAGAAAGCCAGAAGACGAUGUCGAUCCAGCAUUGACCAGCAUGCAGGACCAGGGUACUCCAACCUUCACUCCGACCAGACCAGCAAGCAAUCUACCUCCGGGUCAAUGGGACUUCAUGACUGCCACUCCUACAGGCUAUACCAUGACCUAGGGGCUCGUUGAGGAAGGGGUGGCAUUAUCCUGGUUGGAGUCAUUCACUGAACCGCAGAUAUGCACGAUGGCAAGGAGUUUGACGGGGACGGGCG